AUGGUUUUCGGAUUUCGGUGCGAAGCCUACUCAAUUGGACUACUAAAACGGUGUCUCGAACACAAAUUUCCAGAUGACCCAAAACUGAAAGAGGAUUGGAUCCAACAUCUCACCGCAGAGAUGUCGAGUACCUUGCAUCCGUCUUUGAACUUCAAGAGGCUUAUGACGAAGUUACAGCGCCCGCAGUUGAAGUUAGUUCGGCCUGAUUCUCUCAGUUUAGGAGAGGGAAACUAA